AUGCCGUGGAGCGUACUGAAGCACGUAGAGCAAACGUUGCUGUGGAGUGUUCCACCGGAGCCCACAGGGCCCCAGUGGGCUGACGACGUCUUCACCGCAGCCAAAAUCUCGACAGUCUUGAGCAGCAUCGAGGACGAACUCACAGAUAGCUGCAGCUCCGGGGUAUUCUCUAGCGACGAAGACGCAGAUUGGAGCAGCGACGAGGUCAGUCUGGACGGCGAUUCGGACGACGAAGACGAAAUGUACGCAUAUCAAGGUGAACGAUGGUACUGGACGCCGCCUAGCUCGCUGAAUAGCGUCCAGAGCUUUGAGGAGAAGUACGAAUCUUUAAGUCAGCGUAGCGCAGACUUGGAGGAGUUCGGACUGGAACGAGGCGACGAGCACUACCGACGCCCUACGAUGUACGCUAUGCCCUCGAUCGACUUUGCCUCCGGUGGAGUCGUUGACUCGUGGGUCGAUCGCUACGGGUCCAGCAAGGAUGACUUUACGUACGUCGCGACUUUGCCCAAGGAUGACGAGGAAUCUCAGGAACCUCACAUAGUGCAGGGAUUUUACAUCCCGGUGCUGUAG